GGGAGGGAGAGAGGGAAGCAGGAGCGGAAGGCGUCCUUCAGCCAUAGUCCUCCUCUUGCACUCGCUUAUCAGAUCAGCCAAAGAUCCACAAGCAACCGCUGCUCCAUCGGAAUUGUCUUCUGUUGGUCCCUUGCUGUUGUUGCGCCUUCCAUUCCUUAAAGAUCUCUCUCUGCAAGUGACUGAGUUCUGCUGCCCCGCUGCCUGUUAUGGUCCGUGAGCGCGAAAUGGAUGCGUCGACGUCGUGCACCGAAGAUGUGGCAGGGCCGCCAGCCAAGAAGCAGCGCAUGGACAUGGACUCGCCAUCCUCACCUGCACGCCCUUGGGACCCGCUCACGUGGAAGGUGAGAUGACAACAACACACAACACAUCAUCUGCCAUAGCUCAUGGUUUGGUUAAAUGUCUUGUGCAGGCGCUGCCCAGCUGCCAGAACCCGUUUGCAUCGGUCAUGCCGGCUGCUGUGGCGAGUGUCGAGCGUCAACUGUCGGCGCUGCCCCCCCUGGUGUACCCCACUGAGGUGCAGAAGCUGAGAGGGCUGCUCGAGGAGGUCCACGGGGGGCAGCGGUUCUUGCUGCAGGGAGGUACGUGAAGAGAAGAAUGGGCGGGUGGAUGGAUGGAUGGCAUUGAUUGUGUUGUUGUGUGCAGGUGACUGUGCUGAGCGUUUCCUGGACUGCUCUGCGAGUGUGAUUGCGGUCAAGCUCAAGAUCCUCCUGCAGAUGAGCCUCGUCCUCUCGUAUGCAGGUGCGUGAGGGUCACUAUACCAUCAUAUGUGUGUGUGUGUGGUCAUGGUGUGUCUGUUCAAUGAUCCAUUCAGGCCGCAAGCCCACAGUGAGGAUUGCGCGCAUUGCAGGACAGUACGGCAAGCCACGGUGAGCACAUGAAGGAGGUGCAAUCGCACACGCUUUUAUGUGUGGGCGGAUCAAUGGUCAGGUCGUCAGCCAUGGAGACCGUCAAUGGCCAGCAGGUGCCCUCAUUCAGGGGCGACAACGUCAAUGACAUGGACCCAAACAACCGCACACCUGACCCGGAGAGGCUCGUCAAAGGUCCGUUAGUCAGUCAACACACACACACACCCAGACACAGACAGGCACAUCAGCCAUGUGCCCGUUUGUGUCCUUCAGCGUAUUUCCAUUCGGCGGCAACGCUCAACUACCUGCGGGCCCUGCUGACUGGCGGCUUCGCGGACCUCCACGAGUCCAAACACUGGGAACUGGAAUACGUCAACAGCAAGGAGCGCAGGCAAGCAAUGGCGAGAAGAGACAGUAAUGUGAAGCAGGUGGGGACGCUCUCUCUCUCUCUGUGUGUGCAGGCUCGAGUACGAGGCGUUGGUUGAGAAUUUGCUGGACGGGCUGUCCUUCCUCGACGUGUGUGGGGCCACUGGCGAAGCGGUGAGCGGGGCGGCCUGGUGGCUGGACGGCAUGAGGGCAUGGCCAUGGGGGAUGUGUGGUGGUUUCGAUCAGUCCAAGACGGUCGAUCUGUUCACCAGCCACGAGGCCCUCGUACUGCCCUACGAGGCGGCCAUGACGCGACGCUUCAACGGACAGGUCAGCCAGCCGCUUUGCCAACACACACGCAGCACAUCCAUCCAUCCAUCCAUAUUUCUCUCUCUCUGUCUGUGUGUCUGUGUGUCUGUGUGUGCAGUGGUUCAACACAAGCGCCCACUUGGUGUGGAUCGGCGACCGCACGAGACAGCUCGACCACGCACACGUCGAAUACUGCCGAGGCAUCGAGAAUCCCGUGGGCAUCAAGGUGGGCCCCUCAGCCCCGCCCAGCGAGAUUGUCGACCUGUGCAAGAGGCUCGACCCGCAGAACCAGCCGGGCAAGCUGGUGCUCAUCACGCGGCUGGGGGCCAAGAACGUCCAAACACACCUGCCGCCGCUCAUCAAGGCUGCCAAAGAGGUCUGUGGGCGUGUCUGUGGGCGGUGGGUGGGCACAGACAUGCACAUGAUCUCUCUCUCUGCGUAUGUGUGUGUGUGGUGUGCAGGCUGGUCUGAAUGUCAUCUUCCAGUGCGACCCUAUGCACGGUAUGCAUCACGCCGGCCCCCGUGUAUGUAUUUAUGUGUGUAUAUGUGUGGCUGUGUGUGUGUGUAGGCAACACUGAGAAGGCCAGCAGCGGCCACAAAACGCGCCGCUUCGACACGGUGCUCGAGGAGCUCCUCGAGACAUUCAAGACACACAAGGUGACUGCACACGGAUGGAUGGACACAGACAGACAGACAGGCAGACAGACAGACAGACGUGCACACCUGUGCGUGUUGUGUGUGCAGGCGCACGGCUCGCAUCUCGGCGGUGUGCAUUUCGAGAUGACCGGUCAGUCAGUCAGUCAGUCGGCCUUGAGCGACCAUGCCGCGACAGAGAGGCACAUGGAUACGUGUCUUUCUGGUUGCAGGUGAGGACGUCACCGAGUGCACCGGUGGGCCCCAGGAGAUCGACGACACCGACCUCCACAUACGGUUGGCACAUGAGCCCACACACACGUUCACACACACAUACACACACUCUUCGCGUGGUGGUGUCUCUGUGUGUCCCUCCCUCCCUCCCUGACAGGUACACGACCUACUGCGACCCCCGCCUCAACUACGCCCAAAGCCUCGAGAUGGCCUUCAAACUCGCAGCAUGCCUCAAGUAACCAACACACUGACCCACACACACGCACAAGCCAGACAGCUCCACAUGGAUGUGUGUGUGUGCAGGAGUGACCGGCGGGCGCCCUUCACGAGCAGCGGCAGUGCCCACGACAUCGAGGCGCCCCCCACCACACACGAGUGAAGCUGAAUUAAUCUGAUGCGUGUGUGGGCUGUGUACAGGUGUGUGCAUGACUGCCUUUUUGAACGGACCAAUGGGCUUUACUGAGAAUGAAUGAGAGCUGCCUAUGCGCAACAGCCAGCCAGCCUGUCUGUCAGUUGGUUUGGUCAACGGCCUUCUCUGUGUGUUCAUUCAAGUUAGAUUUUUGAAUCCUGUGUGCAGCCAGAGCUGGCCGCAGUUAAUUAAAAUUCGUCCUGCCGGAGGCUUGGAUGGAGUGAACGCGCUUGUUUGUGCGUGCCGCGAUUGACUAAGGUGACAAUCAAGAUGUCCGAUGGUCCGCAAAACAGAGAUCGAAUAGACAGACAGAGACCGAAUAGACAGACAGAUCGACAGACGAAGAGACAGGCAGGGAGGUCAUCG